UUUCUAUCAGUUACUUUUUUAUUUAGAUUAGAUUAGAUUUAAAUGUCUUUACUAUAUCCAGUUGAAUAAAAAAAGAAUGAUUAAAAACCGCUGAGUAAUUUAAAAUCCUUGGAAUGGGUAUGACUAAGAACAAAGUGCAGUUGGCUUCCCCUACACUUUGCCUAAAGCAGCAUGUGGAUGAUGUAACUUUAAGUUUUAGCCAAUGGCCAGCAUUCUGCUUAUCAAACUACAGUAGAUAAAAUAAAUAAGUGUUACAGAAAGUGAGGCAGAGCUGCUGGCUGUGUGCUCAGUUACAGUCAAAAUGAAGAAUAAAUCUACCAAUCUGCGUGUGCGGCUCCCUGCACUCAUUUUUGCAUUGGAGGUCAUGAUUGUGGUUCUCUAUGCAUUCUUUGUGACAUAUGAAGAUGAUGCUAAUGCACUUCUACAGAACAACCAGACAAAGCCAAUGGAGAACUCAUUGUAUCAGAACUAUCCAUUUUUUGCUGACAUUCAGGUGAUGAUAUUUCUUGGAUUCGGCUGCCUUCUGGCAUUUUUCCGACGCUAUGGAUUCGGUGGAAUGGUGUUUAACUUCCUAAUCGCCACAUUUACCAUUCAGUGGGCCAUUCUGGUGCAGGGCUUCUUUCAGUUUUACUCUGAUGGGAAGAUUCAUCUUGGUGUGCUGAAUCUGAUCAAUGCUGAGUUUGCCUGUGCUGUCGUGCUCAUCUCUUUUGGAGCAGUGUUGGGGAAGACGAGCCCUGUGCAACUCUUGAUCAUGGCCUUGCUGGAGAUCCCUGUGUUUGGGAUCACAGAAUGGGCUGUAGUGAAAUACCUGAAGAUCAACGAUGCUGGUGGCUCGAUCCUCAUCCACAUUUUUGCCUGCUACUUCGGACUGGGUGUCACCUUUGUCCUGUACAGGCCAAGUCUAAGCGAGGGACAUCCAAAAGAGGCGACAAGUUAUCAGUCAGACGUGCUAUCUGUAAUGGGAACCCUGUUCCUCUGGGUGUUUUGGCCCUCUUUUAACUCAGCGUUGACUUUCAAGGGUGACGACCAGCACCGAGCUGUUCUCCACACAUUCAUAGGUCUCAGUGCCUCUACAAUCACCGCCUUUGCUCUGUCCAGCAUGCUCAGCAAGAACGGCAAGAUCAGCAUGGCUGAUGUACAGAACGUUACGUUGGCUGGUGGAGUAACUGUCGGUGCUUCGGUGGACAUGAUGAUUUCGCCGGUCGCUGCUUAUGUGCUGGGCAUCUUGGGAUGCAUUGCAUGCAUGCUGGGGUACAAAUACCUGAGCCCGUUCCUGGCUCGCCGGCUGCGGUUGCAGGAUCAGUGUGGCAUACACAACCUGCACGGCCUGACGGGACUGAUUUCCAGCCUAGCCGGAAUCUGUGCCAUCCUGCUGGCGACCGAGGAAACGUAUGGCCCCAGUCUCUACCAGACCUUCUCUCAUCGGGCCCCUCCAGAAGGAGACCCUCUGCUAGCGAAGCUGCAGGAACUGAUCCCGGAUCUGGAAGCGGGUUUGGGUAGGACCGCACAGGAACAGGCCCUUUUUCAGGUGGCUGCUGUGUUCGGGACUAUUGCAGUGGCGGCAGUCGGGGGUUUGCUGACUGGUGUGGUACUCAAACUACCAUAUCUGGCUUCCCCCAGUGAUGAGAAAUGCUUCGAUGAUGAGCUCUUCUUUAAUGUUCCUCAAGACUACAACUGUGUAAACGGACCGCAGGACAUAUGGUCCUGUGUUCUCAAAGACACAAACAAGACUGAUGCUGAGUGAAGCAUGAAAAUGAGGAAUAAGUGUAAAUGACUGUUGUGAACUUCAGCACUGAGUACAGUGUAACUAACUAACUGUGAUUGUAUUGACCCCCCCACCCCCACACACACUUUUCUUUUUUUUUUUAUAUAUGAUAUAGAAUGAGUUUUGUAUACUGUGUAUCAAAAUAUAUAACAUGUAAUGUUUGAUUUUGAUAAAAUGUUUAUUUGUAGAAUAUAUUUUAUGAAUCAUCUAAUUCAUUGAUACAUUUCAGAUUACCCUUGUGAAAAAGAAGUAUGCUGCUCUUUAGCAAAAUAAAAAAAGAGUUAUUGAACAAUAUAUACUUUAAUGCAAGAUUUUGUGUUAUUUGCACCUGAAUUAAAAUAGUUUACAUUUAUUUUACAUGUAAUAGCUGAACUUAAGUAAGUUUUCUGACCCAAUUAAGUAGGAAUUAAAUGCAUCAUAACUUCAUAAUUACUUCUAUUGAAAUGUGGGAAAUUUGCUAAGCAAAAUAUAUUGUAUUGUAAUUUCUAUUGAAACAUCUAUCUCAUGUAUUUAUACAUAAUUGUAAUGAAGUCGCAAUGUAGUGCAUUUAAAAUACAUUCAUUAUAAUCCUUAGUAAGUACUUAAUAAGCAUAAAAUAAAUACUUAUUUAAAGAAUGACGAAAGACUGAUAAAACAUAAUAAUAUAAAAUGGACUUUACGGUAAAAUGCUGAAUUUAACAUUAUCACAAAGUGCAUUUAUUAAAAGUGUAAUUAAGUGUGUUAAGAAACACGAAAGUCUUUCUUUUUAGGUAUGCUUAUGUGGCUUUUUUAUAUCAGUAAUAUUAUCUGCAGUUUCUUCUUUUUUUUAACUUUAAAAUUUAAAGUGCACUACAAAUGUGAAAACACUAUAAAAUAUGAACUACAUUACAUUUUGAGAUGAUGAAUCUUGAUGAAAAGUUAUAAAUUAACAGUUUGACUGUAUUCCUUGGGGUCAUGCUUUAUCUCUUCUAUAUGUCUGUUUAGACAGAUAGAUAUGCGCAUAAACAUAUUAGCAUAUACUCAUAUACAGUUUUAUUGGAUGUACAGUAUAUAAAAUCAAUUGCUGCCGUUAGAAUUUUAACAAGUUAGGCUGUAAAUGCAUGCAGUUAAAUAAAGUGACAGUCUUUUGUGUAAUGCUGUAGGCUGCUCAGUGUCAGAGUUUUAAUGCUGACUGAUGACACUUUCUCAAAAUAUGCAACAUAUAAUUAUUUCACCUCAUUCGAAGAAUAUAAAAAAAAAAGAUUGUGUUCGAUUGUGAUUGCUGAAAGCAAUUUUUUUUGGUUGUUUUGGACAUUUGUCAUUUAAUUUAUUUUUUAUGUCU